GUUGUGCAACUAUAAAUUAGAAAUUCGACGCUAUAAAGUACUUGUUUGGAUGUUCCAGUGCAAAUAGGAAAAUGCAUCCUUCUGCAGAUUUUGACACAAGUUCUUUGAAAUCUUAUACGGUUUCUACUUCACGCACAAAUUUGGAUGUUCGAAAAUCCAAUUGGACUUCACUAUGGUUUGCAAAUCUUAUUCAAUACUUCUGUGGACUUCAAAUGUCUCUUUAUUUUACAUCAAUGUGGCCUUACCUUCUCAAACUUGAUCCAACUGCUCAGCUCCCUUUCUUCGGAAUUAUUCUUGCUAGUUUUAGUAUCGGACAAGCUGUUGGAUCUCCAAUAUUCGGAACAUGGACUCAGAAAACAGAGUCUUUUAAAGUUCCAGUAGCAACAGGUCUUGUAUUUUGCUGCGUUGGUAACAUUCUCUAUGGAAUCUUGCCAACAAUAAUGUGGGAAGUUCAAUGGCUGAUGCUUGUCUCAAGAGUUUUGAUCGGUUUUGGAGCUGGUAAUUUGUCGGCUCUAAGAGCAUAUGUAGCAGCAAGUUCAACUCUCGAAGAUAGAAAUACAGCGGUAUCUCUUGCGACUGGAAGCCAAGUUACUGGCAUGCUCACCGGACCUAUUCUCCAGACGGCGUUUGCAUUCAUUGGUGAUGGUGUUCGAGUAUUCAAUACAUUUGAUUUGGAUGCUUAUACAUCUCCAGCAUUUGUUCUUUCGAUUGUGCUCAUUAUCAUGGCUGUCAUGAUUUUCUUCUAUUUUUCUGAAGACUACGCAGGAGUUAUUGAUGAAAAGAAAGAGGAUUCAGAUGUCAUAAUUCCACCAUUUGAUCGUCGAGCUGCCGUUGUCUGUAUUUUCCUCUGGUUUGUGAUCCAAACAAUUGCUGUCAACAUUGAGUCGUUGUGUUCUGUAUUUACAAUUGCAAUGUAUAAUUGGACAUCUCAUCAAGCAAUUGUGUAUGGUGGAUAUAUUGAAACAGCUUCUUGUGCUCUUUCAGUUUCACAGUAUCUGGUGAUCGGUCUAACAAGAGUUGGAAAAAUAGACAAGAGAAUUCAAAUUUUAUUUGGAUGCAUUGUUUUCUGUAUUUAUUACGUUGUUCUUCUCCCAUGGCCAUUUUACCCAGAAUCACUACUAUAUAAUCCAAAUGUAACCGACGGAGCGUGUACUUAUGAAUGGUGCCAAUAUGUUCCAAAAAUUCCCUUCAUUGCCUACAUCUUGGUAUACGUUCUUUGUUUUGGAAUCGCUUUUCCCUAUAUUGGAAAUUCAAUAGGAACACUGUUCUCAGAAGUUCUUGGACCAAGACAACAAGGAACUAUGCAAGGAGUUUUUGCAUUUUUUGGAAGUGUUGGAAGAUGUGCAGCUCCAUUAGUUACAACCUUCUUCUUCAACUCAUCUGGCUACACAUGGGUUAGUGUAGAAAUGCUCACAUUUCUUAUUAUCGGAGCUUUAUCAACAUGCAUCUUCUGGAAGCAAAUGAUACCUUUAGAAUUAAUACAAAAGAAAGAAAGUAUUAGUAACAACAAUAAUCACAAAGUGUGAUGACAUUCUAUGAUGCCUUAAUUCCAAUUAUCACUUUUUCCGGGUAUUUUCUCAUCAUUGACGUGACGUUUUCUGACAAUUCCAUAUUUCAUCAAAUAAAUACGGUUUUGAGU